GCAGACUUUGGAUUUGCCAAGCAGAUUGGCGUUGGAAAAAAGACCUGGACCUUCUGUGGGACUCCAGAGUACGUGGCCCCAGAAGUCAUCAUGAACAAAGGCCAUGAUUUUGGCGCUGAUUGUUGGUCGUUGGGAAUCCUCAUAUUUGAACUUCUCACUGGAAACCCACCCUUUGCAGGGUCAGACCCAAUAAAGAUUUACACCAUGGUUCUCCAUGGGAUAGAGAGGGUCGAUUUCCCAAAGAAAAUAGGAAAGCGUCCAGAUGACCUCAUCAGGAGACUUUGCAAGUUAAACCCGGUGGAGAGGCUGGGAAACAAAAAGAACGGUAUCAUAGACAUCAAAAAACAUAAAGACCCAGCUCAGGCUGAGGGAGGCGUUCAGGGUCCGGAGUCCCAGUGGGACCUCUCUGUUCCCGCCACCACCAUGUGCCAGACGUGUGCUCUGCUUGGUUUCAGCGUGUCUAAGAAAUGUGUGAAAUGCAAAGAGGCGCGGGCAGCCGUGGUCAUCAGAGUUGGAGACGCUUACUGCAGGAACUGCUUCAGAGACAGCUUCGUCCACAAGUUCCGAGCCAUGCUGGGAAAAACCAGAGUCAUCUUCCCUGGAGAGAAGGUGAAGCUGAAGGAUGAAAACAUGACAUUUGCUCUGAAAUGCAUUAAAAAGAAGCACGUUGUUGACACCAGGCAACAGGAACACAUUUACUCGGAGAAAAACAUCCUUCAGCAAACAAACUCGGCAUUUAUCAUCAGGUUGUUUCGAACUUUUCGGGACAACAAAUACGUGUACAUGCUCCUGGAAGUUUGCCUUGGUGGAGAGCUCUGGACGGUGUUGCGUGACAUGGUUUACUUCGAGGAACCCACGGCCAGGUUCUGCAUUGGUUGCGUCCUGGAGGCUUUUGAUUAUCUCCACACAAUGGGCACCGUCUACAGAGACCUGAAGCCUGAAAACCUUCUGCUAGACGCAGAGGGUUAUGUCAAAAUGGCAGACUUUGGAUUUGCCAAGCAGAUUGGCGUUGGAAAAAAGACCUGGACCUUCUGUGGGACUCCAGAGUACGUGGCCCCAGAAGUCAUCAUGAACAAAGGCCAUGAUUUUGGCGCUGAUUGUUGGUCGUUGGGAAUCCUCAUAUUUGAACUCCUCACUGGAAACCCACCCUUUGCAGGGUCAGACCCAAUAAAGAUUUACACCAUGGUUCUCCAUGGGAUAGAGAGGGUGGAUUUCCCAAAGAAAAUAGGAAAGCGUCCGGACGACCUCAUCAGGAGACUUUGCAAAUGGUUCCAAGGCUUCAACUGGAAGGGUUUGAGAUCUCACCAGCUUUUGUCUCCACUGAGAAGAGAGCUAAAGGGACCAACGGAUCACAGCAACUUCGACGUAUUUCCCCCUGAAACGGAGGAUCCUCCUGAUGAGCAGUCUGGUUGGGAUAAAGACUUCUGA